AUGUCGUCGCCACGCGUUUCAGUGCUCCUCGCCCUCACCGCGCUUCUCCUUCUUUUCCCUCGCUCCUCCCUCUGCUAUCCCACCCUCGAUGAGCGCAAGCGAAGACAUCCUCAAAUCUUCCAGUUCCCGUACAUGGGCCGUGGCGACCCUGACCACUCCUUCCGACACCCCUACAAGCCCUCCGCAGGCGGCGAUCCCGUCGAUGCCUGGUUCCAGCUGGGCUCUACUGUAAUUGCCCGCGCCCGUUCCGGCCGCGACAUUGUCCGUCUCACGUCGGCCGCACAAGCAAAUCAGGGCAUCUUCUACAAUGCCGUCAGGACAGAGUCGGCAAACUUCAACGGCUACUUUGACGUACAGAUCGACAGCGUCCGCGAGAGCCACGAGGCUGCGGAUGGCAUGGGCUUUUUCUUUGUCAAGGAUCGCCCAAAGGCAGGCUCCGCCAUGGGUAUUGAUGAACGUGUCCAAGGCUUGGGGCUUAUUAUUGACACUUUUUCGAAUAGCAGGAGUAGGCGUGUCCCGUAUAUGUACGCCUAUGUGUCUGAUGGCACCAAGAAGUGGAACCCGGAUACCGAUGGAUCUGAUACCGAGUUGGCGCGCGGCUGUCAGCUCGAGAUGAAUACCCAGAUUCGCGUUUAUGUACAGUUUGUUGAUGGUGAUCUUCAUGUCGGAGUGGCCAUGAACCCGCGCAGCCCGCAUCGCUGGCAUACGUGCUUUAAAGCCUCCAAUGUCAAAAUGCCCUUCUCAGGAGGUGGAGUUCUUGCCUUUGCAGGCGAGACGGGCCACUUCUUCGCUCUUCAUGAGGUGCAUGAUGCCAGUUUUAUAGAUGAGAGCGAUCAUUCGGGAGAGGGCUACCGCUCAGAGUAUCAGUCGCAGCAGUAUGGCGAUCCGCAGCAGCAGCAACAGCGGCAGCGGCAAUCGCCACAUCAGCAACAACAACAGAAGGAGGCUCCGCGUGCUCCGGUAUCCAACGACCCGAGCACGAGAGUUCAUAAGUCUGACAAUCCUACAGAGUCUUUAGCAGGGAGCCUUGAUUUACAAAUCUACCACGUGUUCGACUCAAUGACACAAGAUCUAAAAAACGUAGGAGGGAAGGACGCCGCGCAGACGACGUCCAAGCUGACAGAUGUUCGCGACGUGACUGUGCAUCUAGUGACGGAACUGGAGAAGCAGAGUUCAAACAUGAAAGAAUUAGCUGGGACGUUGUCGCACUUAAAAGAAUCUGCGGGGGACUUGACGUAUGCAUCAGAUCGAUUUACGUCGCAAUUGCGAGGUAUGCAUGCGAGUCUCAAAGUUCUACGUGACAAAACGGAGAAGAUGGGCGACAAGCAUGAUGAUUUGCAUGCUGAUUUGUUGGAUCACCAAGAAUCUAUCGCGGAACGUCAAGGGAACGGAGUGUUGAUAAUGUUUUUAGUGAUGCAAGUGCUCCUGGUGGCUGUAGUAUAUUUUCUGAACAAGAUUACUGCAACAUCGAGGAAAAUGGGAAGGAUGGUGUAAAUUGGGGUUUUCGAAAAACGCGUCUGGAUGAGGACGAUAUAGAUGGAGAUUUGAGGUUCAGUAUAAACAAAACAUUACUAAUU